GAUCAAACUUCAGGCAAACUCCACCUCAGUCUUGAAGCAGAAGCACAACCUCUGUGAAGGAAUAUCCACCCCUUGGCUUGCUGAUCGCCAAGACUGGAGCUACAGGAAAGCUGCACGCAGCCUCAAUAAUAGCAGGACUCGAAAACUCAAGAUUACUCAGAGCAACAUACAGUUUUAAUUGAGAGCCACAAGCAGGGACGUUUUUGGGAAGCUUCAGAGCAAUGAAGAGGAAGCAGCUUUUCUGGGCAGCUCUCUGUGCUCUGAGCCUGCUUGAGGUAGUUUCUGGUGACACAGACACCAAUGGCACUUCAAAAGCAAAGACCUCUGCCACAAAUGCAACGUUUACUAUAACUUCCCUGGUGAUGCCACCAGAAACAGCUGAUGGUAAUACGACAAAGGCAGGCCCAGAAGAUGCAACGCCCAGCAGUCCUGCAGGAACUUUAGCACCACCGACUGCAAAAAACAUAUCGAUAAAUGGAACUACUUUGAAAACGGUCAACGUGACUGAAGCCCCCAGCCCACCACCCACCACAGAGUGCAGCUAUGAGGGCAGCAAUGCAACAGAGCCUCGGGCUACAAAUAUAUCUUCCACUCAACAGCUAGAAGUAUCAUCUUUUUCCACCAUGACACUGCCAAACACAACUCUGAAAUCAGCCUGGACUGCUACUCCUGGCAGCACAAAGCACACUGUUUCCUCCGUUACCAUAAGCCCAGGAAACGAAAUUAGUAAUGGAACAGAGAGCAUCACGUGCCACAGGGUCAAGCACGUGACGAAACCUCAUGUGAUAUGCCUGCAACUCAACGCAUCCUACACGUGUGAUCAUUUUAAAGCGAAGGUGGGAAGGAGAUUGUGGCAGCUGCUUUGUAAUGACUUCUUGGCCUUGCACCCUACUUCUCCCUGCCAUGUUGAACUGGCUAAAUCGGAGGUGAAACCCUACUGCAUGCUGCUCAUCCUAGGGGACACUGCAGAUGCAAAAGCAGUCCUAAACCACCUCAAGAUUUCAGAGCCUGAUUUGAAAGAGCUCGGUAUAGAAUCCUACAAGAAGGAGGAGGUCUGGAAUCACCAGGACUUUUCCCGGAAGACGCUGAUUGCCUUGGUCACAUCUGGACUCUUGGUGGCGAUUUUGGGUUUGGCUGCAUACUUCCUUAUGAAACGACGGAGCUGGAGCCCCAUGAGAGAGAGGCUGGGCGAAGACCCCUAUUACAUGGAAAACAGCAGCCAGGGAAACACGCUGAUCUCCGUGGGUGCCCACGAGCAGCCGGAGCCGCAGGAGAAGCCGAAUCUCAAGGGAGGAGCUCAGGAGAACGGGACUGGCCAGACGGCCUCAAAAAACGGACGCUCUGCCAGGCCUCACGUUCUCGCCGACACGGAGAUGUGAUGUGCGCCAGGGCAAAGGCCUCUUCAGCAUGGUUUGAAAGGGGAGGGGGGGAAGAGGGGAGGCAAGCAAGGACAGGACCCCCCCCGGCCAGGCCGGGAAUUAUACACCUUUUCUCUACAAUGAACUCGAAAGCUGCAGUCUACACAGCGCUCUGCCCCAUUGGUGAUGCAGCUCUGCAUGGUACAGGGCAGCACUGCUGAAGCCUGGCGCUGCCCAGGGCUUAGGGCAGGACUAGGGUGGGGCUAUCUAUGGACCUGGUUUUGCUCUUCCAGUGGCCAAGAGCAGGAUGGGGUGGACUUAGAACGACCCAGUAUCCAAAUCCCUUAAGCAAGGGGGGUGGGGGGCGUGCCAAAACCCAGGGGCAGCGUUAGCAUCCCAAGAAAUCAGCUCAGCACAGGGGAGGUGAAGGGAGGCCACAAGCUGGCAUCCACGUAUGGGUUCAACCCCUCUUGAGCAGGUUGAGUGUUAUCUCUGUCCCUCCAACACACGUUGCUCUUAAUUAACCAGGCUGCAGCGUGUGGGGAUGCGGCCUCCCUCACCUUCCUCUGGACACAGGUGUCUACCACUGCUGCCAAGGGGUGAGCACAAGCCACCAAAAGCUGGAUCCAGACCUCAAACAACUCCAAAUCCAGGGAAAGCAUUUGGACCCUUGAUCGCAUUGGUAUCUGAUCUAGUGUUUUGGGGUGUUUGGAUGGGAUGGUUUGUUUUCACCUCAUCUCUGUAUUAAAUGCAUCUUUCUUUCUUCCCUCAAGAACACGAGUAAAUUAAUUCCCCUUCUUGUGCCUUAUAUCCUUCAUUUCACAUGUUUAAUGCUGUCGUGGAGUUUGCUGAUGUUGUAUGUUAAUUUUCCAUAUCUGGCCUGCCGCUCAAGUGGGAAUAGUCUCGGCUGAAUGGUUUCUUUUCUUUCCGUCCUACCAGUCUGUGUGCUGUUGUUCAGCCAUGAGCCCUCUGGUUUCUCACUCCUGAUCUUUGCCCCUCUGUAUUCAAGGAGGGGGGUUGCAUAAGAAAUCGAUGGGAAGGCUUUUCUCUCUUUAGCCAUAAGAAACAAAUGAAAAAGAGCAGUCAACCAUUACCGGUAAGUCUGCUGGCUGAAAACAAGCCCCACCUGGUCAUGGACUGGAGUUGUACCAGAUGAGAAAGGGCCUUAAGUCAAGCCCAUUUAGCUUGGUUCAAGUGAGGGAGCUGAAUCGGGCAUACAGAAGCCCACAGGAGCCUCUAAAAGGUAUGAAACUAUUAAAAGGAAGAGGGACUUCAUUGUAGAAAUUAGGUGCAGAUGGCUGGCUCAGGGGACUUUGACCUCAAGGCCACUGAUUCUGGCAAAGCCCAGGCAGUAGGUGGCUAAAAACAUUUGCUGUAGGAUCCAGUUAUUGGUGGCCAGCAGAUGAGGAGCUGGAGAUGGGUCAUAGCCAACAUGUAUCCCCAUCACUGCUAGCUCCAGGAUGGUCUGGCCCUUGGCACAGGGGCUGGGCCUGGAAAGCUGAGCUGGUGAAGGUCAUCACCCUUUUUUAUCAAGAGUUGGACACAUCUGCAACUGGGAUACAGGGGAAGGCAGCUUGGGCUUUCCUAGGUUUUGUGCUUUAUGAUUAUUCCACACUGUGUUUGAAGAGGAUGAUGUUAUUUCUGGGGCUGUCAACCAGGCCUUUGUCACUGGUUCUAAAGUCACUUCAAAUAUAUUUAAAAAACCCCACAUUUUUAAAGGUUGUGUUUGUUUUUGCCGUUUUUUGUUUUGUUUUUUUUUACAUAGCAGCUUUUAAUUGAAGCCAGUAAAAAGAGCAAAGCGCUGAACCCAGCUUCCCUGCUUUAUUCUUGCAAAACAAUGGACUUUUUUUUUUGCAGUUGCUAGUGGGGAAAAAAGUCCAGCUCUGUUAAAUGCCAAGAUGACAGGAGGCCACGAUGACCAUUAAGAAGUUGUUUUCCAGUUCAAAACCGCGUGAGCCGAAAGUGUUUCUUCUCUUUUGCAUGCAUGCCCUCACUCUCCUAGGCUUUCAAUGAAUGGGAUUUUGGAGCGAGUGGAAAGCAUGUAUCAAAUAUUAAAAAGCAAUGACUUUUUCAGAAUUAAACUCUUAAACCUUA